AUGUCGUUUUCAUAUUCAAAGAACUUCCUAAGACGGUUCUGCGUGGAGGAAAUCCAAAUGAAUACACAAACCUAUAGUGGCUUCUUCUCUAAUGAUCUCCUCCCAUCCCUUGGAGCCAGAAUCAACCAGGAAACAAAACUUCGUAGACACAUAGUUUCUCCAUUCAGUCCCCGCUAUAGGGCUUGGGAGAUGUUUCUAGUUCUCUUAGUCAUUUAUUCGGCCUGGAUUUCUCCAUUUGAGUUUGCAUUUCUGACUUACAAGCAGGAUGCUUUGUUAAUUUUUGACAACAUUGUCAACAGCUUCUUUGCCAUGGAUAUUCUUCUCACCUUCUUCGUGGCAUAUCUUGAUAGACAAACUUAUCUUUUAGUUGAUGAUCCAAGAAAAAUAGCCAUAAGGUAUCUAUCCACCUGGUUCAUCUUUGAUAUCUGCUCAACAGUACCAUUUCGAGCUAUUAGCCUCCUUUUCAAAAAACACAAUGGUGGACUAGGCUUUAAAUUGCUCAGUAUGCUACGACUUUGGCGUCUCAGACGAGUGAGCUCCCUGUUCGCAAGACUUGAAAAGGAUAUCCGGUUUAAUUAUUUCUGGACUCGCUGCACAAAACUCAUCUCUGUAACUUUGUUCACUGUUCAUUGUGCUGGGUGCUUUAACUACAUUAUUGCAGACAGAUACCCAGAUCCAAAAAGUACAUGGAUUGGUGCCUUGUAUCCUAAUUUCAAAAAAAUUAGCCUCUGGGACAGAUACGUAACUGCAACUUAUUGGUCUAUAGUGACACUAACCACAACAGGUUAUGGGGACUUGCACGCUGAGAACCCAAGAGAGAUGCUGUUUGAUAUAUUUUACAUGCUGUUUAACUUGGGAUUGACAGCUUACCUCAUAGGGAACAUGACAAAUCUUGUAGUUCACUGGACCAGCCGCACCAGAAACUUUAGAGAGACGGUAAUAGCAGCUUCAGAAUUUACAAAGCGAAACCAGCUGCCCCCAUAUAUGCAAGACAAAAUUUUGUCUCACAUAUGUCUAAAGUUCAAAACCGAAGGAUUGAAACAGCAAGAGACCUUGAAUGGCCUGCCGAAAGCCAUUCGUUCCAGCAUUGCUCACUAUCUAUUUUACCCUAUUGUCCAAACUGUCCCUCUUUUCCAGGGAGUGUCACAAGGGUUCCUUUUCCAAAUGGUACCAGAGUUGGAAGCUGAGUACUACCCUCCCAAAGAGGAUGUGAUUCUACAAAAUGAGGCUCCAACAUUUACUUACAUACUGGUUUCGGGAACUGUUGACAUGAUAGAAAACAUUGAUGGGCAUGAUCAAGUCCUGGGAAAGGCAGGUUCAGGAGAAAUAUUUGGAGAAAUAGGGGUUUUAUGUGGAAAACCUCAGCCAUUUGGUGUUCGAACAACUGAUGUUUCUCAAAUACUACGGCUGAACAGGACUACGUUACUGAACAUUCUUCAAACAAACCCAGAAGAUGAAAGUAUUAUAAUGAAUAAUCUGUUCAUGAAACUGAAAGCACGUACAAGCAUUGAUAUAGAGGACCAACAGGAUCCAAGAUUGAUCCUAAAUAAUUCGCAUAAUAGAGCAGAAGGAGACUGCUAUGUCCAUGCUGGAGAUCAAGAUAACCCAUGUGGAGAUAGAAUGAAACAGGGAUUGAGAGUAGAGAUACCUAAGUUAGAUUUUCUAGUGAGUAAACAACCAACAAAUGCUUAUGAUGCCUAUAAAAGUCAAAUAGGCAUAAAUUCAUCAGCUGAGGAUGGUGAAACAGCUCUUCAUGUUGCUGUUCGCCAGGGGCAUCUCGAAAUGGUUAGAAUUUUGCUGGAAAGAGGAGCAAAUGCAAAUAAACCAGAUAUGAGAGGGUGGACACCAAAAGCAUUAGCCGAAGUAUGUGAUAAAAAAGGAAUAUACGACCUUAUAUUGAGUUACGAAUAUAAGAAGAAAGUAGACGAUCAAAGAGGCAAGUUUCUAGGGCCAGAAAUGGCUGAAAAGGCUAGUAGUCAUAUCGAGCCGACGGAAAAUGAGGCUGCUGAUUAUUUGAAAAAUAGUCGUAUGAAUCUUAUGCACGUCAGUUCUAGCUGUUGUAGUCAUCACAGUAGUAUAGAAGCAAUACAACCAUCCACGAAGAGAGUCACCAUUCACAUGAAGUUUCCAGAGAAAGAUAUUUCACAAAAGCAGCGCGGAAAGCUAAUUAUGCUACCUGAAUCGCUGGACGAGCUAUUCAAAACAGCAGGUCAAAAAUUCGGUGAAAAGAAUCUUACAAAAGUUGUAAAUGCAGAGAAUGCAGAAAUAGAUGACUUAAGUGUCAUACGAGAUGGUGACCAUUUGUUUGUUCUGACAAACCAGUGUGAAGGCAGAGAGUGUGAUGCGAGUUAA